AACUAGGACGCCUUCAAUCACAAAACGGUUGUACCCAUUCAUGUGUCACAAAACCCGAACUCAGUGUCUGUGCGCACAGCUGCUAGCAAGAACCACAGUAAAGAAAGAGGGGCAGGCCUCAUUACAUACUGAAAUUAAUUUGUUACAUUUGUUUUUGAAGUGAUACUGGAAAAUAGCUGCUUCUUGUUACGUCGUUUUGACUGAAGUAAUCCGAGGUUAUCUCAUGAGUUUACAGAAAACGGACAAAAAGUAAAGUGAAGAGGUUGGUUUGAUGUGUGUGGCAUCAAGACAACUGGCACCAUGAGUGCAGAGGCAGAUGCACUGACUGUGGUGAACCAGCUGCGAGACCUUGCUGCAGACCCCCUGAACCGAAGAGCCAUAAUAGAAGACCAAGGCUGUCUGCCAGGUCUCAUCCUUUUUUUGGACCACCCCAACCCACAGGUUGUUUACUCUGCACUGUUGGCCAUGCGCUACCUGGCAGAAUGUCGAGCCAACAGGGAGAAGAUGAAGAGCGAGCUGGGCAUGAUGCUGAGUUUGCAGAAUGUCAUGCAGAAAGGUACAUCACCUGGGGAGACCAAGCUGCUGGCCUCUGAGAUCUAUGAGAUUCUGCAGUCAGCUGGUAAAGAAGAGGCUGAACAGGCAGAGGCAGCUGCUGCCUCCUGCCGUCGUAAAGCCCACUUCUUUCUGGGCUCCAACAACAAGAGGGCCAAAACUGUGGUGCUGCACAUUGAUGGCCUGGAUGACUCUACUCGAAGGGGCCUGUGUGAGGAGGCCUUGCUAAAGAUCCGAGGGGUCAUCAGCUUCACCUUCCAGAUGGCUGUCAAGAGAUGUGUUGUCAGGAUCCGCUCUGACCUUAAAGCUGAGGCGUUGGGCACAGCAAUUAACUCCACCAAAGUAAUGAAGGCUCAGCAGGUGGUGAAGACAGACAGUGGAGGAGAGCUGAUGGUCCCUUUCCAGGAAGACUCUGUGGUGCUGGUAGAGGAGAACACAGACAUCCCAGACUACCUGCCUGAGGAGGAGAGCCCGUCCCGGGAGCAGGACAAGGCGGUCACACGCAUAGGUUCUAUCACAGACGGCAUGGGCUGGCUCAGCACGGCUGCCAACUUCCUGUCUCGCUCCUUUUACUGGUGACCACUUCCUGUACUUCUCCCAAGUAGUACCAUCCAGCUGUAGCCAUAGUGUUCCUCAGCCUAGUCACAGACUUAAGUCCUGCCUCUCAGCCUUGCAGUAGUAGUCUGUAGUCGCCUCUGCAAAGCUCACACAGUCUGGCCAGGCAACAAGUGCUGGACUGCUAAGCAAAACCUGGAAUAACUUUAACUUGUGUAUAUACAGAGCUACAAACCCCACUACUGGCUGGUUGUGCACCAUAUACUAACUGCAUAUGUAACUUACAAGACAGCCAGAGAACUUUAAAUCAGCCAAAACCAAAUAGCAAUCUGGAAAUGAUAGUCAACAUAUGGCAGACUAUUUAUUCAGAGAAUGGUUUGUGUAUGUUAUUCUCUUCCCACUUCAGUUUUUUUAGCAUGCUAUGAGUCUUUUGUGUCAGUUGUGCGUGAUCUGAUGUAAUGCAUGCCUUUUUGACAUUGUAAAUAUUAUUUAUUCAUCAUUCAUUCAAUUGAUUUUAGAGCUCCGAACAUGUCAGUGUUUCUAGCAGCAGCUGGGCUCCUCCCAGCUUUUAGCUCACUGAGGGUCAUCACUUUAGUAGAAAUAGUAAACUAGACACCAGCAAGAGGCUGCAGCCCAUUCACCCCUUGGCUCAUGUGCAUAUGAUUAUUGCAUAGUGAAAAAGCAAUUAAUUACCUAGCAGGCUGAUUAAUACAUUACCCCUCACUGCAGUCAGUUGUUUCUGCCACUAGUCGGGACUCUUUCGAUGGUAAGAAUGUAAGAAAAAUCAAAUUUGAAUCCUGCAGUGGCAGUGAAUUGACUGACGACGCAUUAUGUUACUUGCACAGACUUUAAGCUACCUCUGUUUUCAGUGCCCUAUGUCAUAUCAGUAUUAUGGUAGUUUCAGUAAAACGCUAGAUCUCCAUGGUGCAAACAAACCUGUUGGCAGAUUGCUUGUGUUUUGGGAUUCCCACCAACAUUUUGUAAUAUUGUACCCCCACAUGCUCAAUUUAAUUUUCAAUUUAGCCAGCAGUGUCCUUAAAGCAAAGAACGUGUUGGCGCACAAUCACGCACACAUACAGCGCACUCACUAAAGCUGUCCAAUGAGCAGUAGUAAUAUACUGUUACAAGGGUGUAAUUGUGUACAUUUUGUAAAUGCUGCCUAAUUCCCUCUGACCUUACAUGUAAAGGAUUGCUGUUUUUUUAACACUAUUAUAUUUGCAUUUUAUGUCACAAAUUGGGAGUAGACAAGCAGCUAAUGCUAACACUCUUAAUGAGAAUCUUCCUGAUUCUUUAGCCCUUACAAUUCUAUGACUCGCAUUAGGUUUAAUUGUCUCUGACUUGUGUGAGCAUUAGUAACAGUUAUGAUUAUACAGUGCUGACCAGGCAACAUGUAUUGUUUUGAUGGUGCAGAGAUGUCACAGUUGGUUGAGGUCAAACUGAGGAACAGCACACAGUGACCUGAAAUUAUGGUGGCUAUUCGCUGUAAAAGCAAUAAUAAAUUUAGCAUUAAAUGCGGUGACUGUUGUUCAGCAGUAGCCUUCAUAAUAAUGUUUUUAAUUAAAGCUGUUAGUUAAAAGUUAGGAUCAUUGUCAGUAUUACAGAUUUCUAAUAAAUCUCAGUUGGAUCACGCAGUUUCAUGUUAAUAUUUGGUGUCUCUGUUCAUACAGCAAAGAAAGAAGGCUUGACUGUUGUUUUCAUAGAACUGUCCUCAUGUUCUCCCUUGAAAAAUGGAUCUCGAUCUCCGUGGGACUUCCUGGUAAGAAAAGGGUUAACAAAAUGUAAGUUUUUAUCUACUCUUUAUUUACCACAUCUGUAAGGUUGACAACUAUGUCCUCAAUAAUGUAACUUUAUGUGUACAGACUCAUUGGUCAAGUGUAAUAUAAUGUAAUGCAGAAUUAAAACAGUUAAUGCAAAUGAUGAUAAACUUAAAAUUUGUCU